GCCGGGGCGGACCUUACUCUGCUCCUCCGCAGACGUUUCCCCUCAGAGUUGGUUCUUAGUCUUCCUGUGCUUCUUUUUUUUGUUUGUUUUUUGAUUCCUCCCCGUCACUUCCGCCUCGUUUCCUCUCCCGCUUCCGCCUCCUCUUCCGGCCGCUUCAGCAGAGGAGCGUCGCGAUGCUGUCGGCAGCAGCGGGGGGCCCCGGGCCCGGCGGCUUGGAGCGGCGCGGUGGCCGCUUCAGCGUUCUCACCUGGGAGCAGGUGCAGCGGCUGGACCAGAUCCUGGGCGAGGCCGUGCCCAUCCACGGCCGUGGCAACUUCCCCACCCUGGCCGUGCGGCCGCGCCGAAUCGUGCAGGUGGUCCGCAGCCGUCUGGAAAAGAGAGGCGUUGCAGUCCAUAAUGUGAGAUUGAAUGGCUCGGCAGCCAGCCACGUCCUACAUCAAGAUAGUGGCCUGGGGUACAAAGACCUGGACCUCAUUUUUGGUGUGGAUCUGAAAAGCGAGGAUGUGUUCCAGCUGGUUAAGGAUGUGGUCAUGGACUGCCUGUUGGACUUCCUCCCAGAAGGAGUAAACAAAGAUAAGAUCACCCCUAUGACUCUAAAGGAGGCAUAUGUGCAGAAGCUAGUGAAAGUGUGUAACGAAACAGACCGCUGGAGCCUCAUAUCACUGUCCAACAACAGCGGGAAGAAUGUGGAACUCAAGUUUGUAGACUCUCUCAGGCGGCAGUUUGAAUUCAGUGUGGACUCCUUCCAGAUCAUACUGGAUUCACUGCUGCUGUUCAGCGAGUGUUCAGAGAACCCCAUGUCUGAGAACUUCCACCCUACAAUCACUGGGGAAAGCAUGUAUGGGGACUUUGAGGAAGCAAUGGACCACCUCAGGAACAGAGUCAUUGCCACCAGGAAUCCAGAGGAAAUCAGAGGUGGUGGCCUUCUGAAGUACUGCAACCUCUUAGUGAGAGGAUUUAAGCCCAAAUCGGAAGUGGAUAUGAAGGCACUACAGAGAUACAUGUGCUCCAGGUUUUUCAUAGACUUCUCUGACAUUGGUGAGCAGCAGAGGAAGCUAGAGUGUUACCUUCAGAGUCACUUUGUUGGCAUGGAAAGCAAAAGAUACGAGUACCUUAUGACCCUGCACAGGGUGGUGAACGAGAGCACUGUAUGCCUGAUGGGUCACGAAAGGAGGCAAACUCUGACCCUCAUUGCCAUGCUGGCUGCAAGGGUCCUGGCUGAGCAGAGCAUCAUCCCAACUGUCACAAACGUUACCUGCUACUAUCAGCCAGCACCAUAUGUCAGUGAAAUAAACUUCAACUACUAUGUUGCCCAUGUGCAGCCCCUUCUGCCUUGCAGUCACUCAUAUCCAACGUGGCUUCCCUGUAAUUGAGCACGGAUGACACUGAGGACCUCCGCUCCAAAGCAUUUCCUUGCCUUGGGAGCCUGUCGGGAAGACCUGCAACAAAAGGAAACUUGCUGGACUCUUGAGCAAGACUGUCUUGUUCCAACAGUCCUAGGAACUAGCGCUGUCUGCUGUACACUCUGGAGACUGGAUGUGCAGUGUUAUGGAAACUAGACCUAUUUGAGAUGUUUACAGGAAGAUUGAAUCACUUAGUGAAAUAUGUAGGCAAUUGAGGGUGGGGUGUGUUAGGGGGAGACUACAGACUUAGAAUAAGAUAGAGCUGCACUGCCCCAAAAUGCAAAAGGAUCUUUUUUUUUUUUUUUUUUUUUAAGUGCAGAAGUGUUAUGGGUUGUGCAGACUCGUGGUUUCUGAAGAUAGAAGCCAGAGUGGCUAAUUACUUCGAAGGACCAAAGAAUCCUGUUUAAGUGCCUGUAACAACAUAAAACACAAUUGUACUGUAAACUUUAUUUUUCAGGGGCUGAGGUCCCGAGUGCUUGAGUGGGGAGUCUUAAAAAGAAAAAAAAAAAUUUCUGUUUGCAGGGUGGGAGGGAAGGGUCACCUGAUCAUUUCUAGUAACCGAACUGAAGCAGAUGUUGGAUUGCAGGUUACAUGUUGCUAAGGUUUUUGGCAUGGCUUGCUGCCUAUGAAGGAUCGGCUGUGGCAAAUAGCGGUCCAAGUUGAGUUGCACAGAAAUGGGGUUAGCUUUGGUUGACUACAUGUAAAACGCCUGAGCAUAAUAUGGGAGGGUUGGGUGGGGAGUGGGGAGGGAAAAGUGCAUGGUGGCAAAAGCUGUGCUGAGCUUUGGAGAUGGAAAGCAAUAGGGGGGUUUACAUGUGUAAUGACUAUUUAAAAAAACAAAAGUCCAAGUCUGCAGUGCCAAAUGUAACUAUGUACAUAAACAGUAAAGCUAAGAGUCUGUUUUGGAGUCUGCCCGUGGCUUCACCAAUACAUAACCAUAUAUUUUCUAGGGAAUUUGAAAUGCUACUUUUUUGGCAUGCAGUGUGGUUUUAAUGCACAAAACCAGUGGCCAGCUGGGUUAUCUAGAAAAGACUCCGCUUGUCUUGAAGCACAAACUGACUCCCUGGCUAGUCAAACCAUUAUCGGCAACUACCAUGGUGGCUGGAGCCAGUUUUAGGUUAAAUGUACAGAACCUGGUCCCUCGGUACUAGAAUGCUGUUGAAUGAAUCCAGCAGAUUCUUUCCAUUUGAGCUUUUGGCUCAGACUUCUUCCUUCCUGUGCCCAUCUUCAUGCCCUUUCUUCAAAAGCAGCCUGUUUCCACAUCUGAGCAACAGAUACCAUUUUAAAUUCAGAUGUAGCUUAGAAAUGGAACAUGUUUAGCUGUUACUUAAUUUUGUGCAAAAAUCAGUUUGGCCUUAGGAGAUCCUCUUGUGGCUUCCCCCCCCGCCCUUGUUUAAAAAAAAAAAAGCAAAAAACCUUUUUAUGCCUGUGGGAGUUUUGGUACAUCUUAUGCAAGUAUAUUGACUUUGAAGUUGCUGUGAUGUCUAGAGCACAAACAGUCCUGCUCUGAGCUGUCUGAAGUGCAUACCCCUCCUUUUGGAACAUCACAUCUUGGGCUUAACUAUGCAUUAUUUGUGGGGAGAGGAGGCGGAAGGGGGUUUUAAAGCUGGUACAGCAGAGACAUCUGGCAUUUUAGCCGUCAGAUCUGCUGCUCAGAAUACAUGAUGCAAGCCACUUCAUAGCCAUUUAGAAAGCGCUAACAAAACAUGAGCACUUCUUUACUAAUUUUGCUUUUUGGUCCUUGACAACACUGUACCAUGGCUGGGGUGACUGAGCAGUCUAAUAAAUAAAGAUUAGAUACUUGGAAUGUGCAUAGCCAGAACUUUACCUUCUUGGUGCUGGGAGGAGAUGUGCGGAGUGGGGUGGGAGCAGGGAAUGUGGGGCUUGUGCAGCUUAGUGAACACUAACUAGCUUAAAUCCUGUUCCCAACCACUUCUUAUCCAGUAUGAACUGAAGAGGAACAGGUCCCUGCCACUGUCAUAGUUAAGGUGUUUAACAAUGACCUCUUGUAAAUAGCUUUAUACUUUCAGAACAAAUAGUUGAAAGCUUUAAAGGUAAACUCCACUACGUAGCAGUUUAACUUCCUGAUGCCCAGAGCCUUACUUUGGUUGCAAUGCCUGACAAAAAGGCGUUUGAGACCAGUCUUCCCUUGUGCUGGAAAAAAAAAAAAAAAAAAACUGGUUUAAAGGCUGCUUUUGAGAACUAACUAGGAUCUCUAGGUAUGCAAUCUUCACUUUGAAUAUACUCGCUUUGAGGAGCAACCUGUUUUUGCACUGUUUAGCUAGGCUUCAGAUUAGUGCAGAUGACAUGUAAGCGUGCUGCUGCUUGAUUUGCAGGCUCUUCACUUUUUACCACAAGCAUGUAGGCUGGCGCGCUAAACAGAGAGAACUCCCUCCUUCCCCUCAUAGAAUGUAAAGGUUCCCAACCACCAAAGGCUUGAUGGGGGGGAAUUUAAAAUAAGAUUGCACUUUGAUUUGUGGAGUGUGUGUGGUGAAAUUCUUGUGAAUGGGGUUGAAUUGGCAUUUUCCAGAUAUUUGGAGUGUGAGAUCAUGCUGCCUCUUGUGAGGGGGAAAAAUUGGAAGAUUCCAAUAGUUUGAAUGGCACUUUUUAAUUUUGUUUCAAAUGUGCAUUUUUUUCCUACACCUGUAUCACUUGUCAUGCAAUGGGCUUGACAUAAAGACUCACUAGAUUCUUUAGAAUCUGUUACAAAUAAAUACAGUGUAUUCAA